UGCUGCCUUAUUCUUUUCCACAACAUGCGUCACUUUUGCCACUAAUCUCUCCACCGUUCAUAGAGAUGCAUUUGUUUACUGUUGCCCUUUUCCUUUCCCACAUCAUGUGUCACUUUUGCCACUCACUCCCCCGUCAUAAGACGCAUUUGUAUCCUGCAACCACUAAAAGACCUCUUCAAACAGAAUAAAGUCUAUAGAAUAUACAAUUGCAAAUGACUCACUGAGCAUUAGUCACUGAGUGACAUUUUUCUCUAGGAAGAUGAACAACCUAUGAUGAAUAAUACUGUCAGUGCACAUGACUUUUCAUUUAAGCCAACAUAGUUGUGCGUUGGGUGUGGAUGCAUCAUCCAUUCUAAUAAGUACACAAGCACCUUGUUACUGACAUACCUAAUUAGUUGCAAUUAAUGUUUCUUUUGCAGUGUAAAGUUUUGAUGUUGUGAAGUAUGAUGUAACCAACUUGUAAGACCUAAAAGGAGUUUUCUGCCGUUUUUUAACCUUUUUAAAGUGAGAGGCUAGUGUGGCAUGUUGAUAGUAAAGCAUAAGUACAAUGUAUUUUUUCUUCAGUGGAUACCUAUAAGUCAUCUCUGAACAAACCUUAUGACAGCGAAGGUUUGAUUAAGUAUCCUGAUGGCAAAUGCUUGACGAAGUGUUGCAGUGGGCAAGUAGUAGUAUUUAAGCAACCAUCUUUGAAGUUCUAACAAACGGGAGUCAUGGGAAACAGAGCACCUUAUGCUGUUUCAUUUCUCUUAAGGUUUAUCUAUGCAGUUAUGCAGAUACUUACCAAAGUUGCUUUUAACCAAGGUACAAGUACAUACGUUCUCGUUUUCUACAGGCAUUUAAUAGGUACCAUGUUCUUACUGCCCAUUGCUUUUGCAAUUGAAAGGAAAACGGCCCCGCGACUGUCAUACAAAGUCUGUCUGAAACUAUUUGUGCAUGCAUUAUAUGGGAUGUCUGCUUCCCUUAACAUAUCAUGUGUUGGCCUCAAUUAUGCUUCAGCAACUUCUGCUUCUGCAGUACUAAAUCUCCUACCAGUGUUAACUUUCUUUUUGGCUCUUCUGUUGGGAAUGGAGUCUUUGCAAUUAAAGAGCUUCCAUGGGAUUGUGAAAGUUUCUGGUAUAGUGAUUUGUGCGGCUGGUGUUACUGUACUAGCGUUAUACCAAGGACCGGAGCUCAAAUCUAUCGUCCAUCACCCUAUUUUUCGUCACCCAAGUCGAGUUGAUACACAUCCCUCAAGGAGCUGGAUAUUGGGAAUUCUCCUGCAGUCUCUUGCGACUGUAAUGUUUGCCCUUUGGACAGUGUUUCAGGGCCCUUUGCUGGAGGAGUAUCCGUCCAUGCUGCUUAACACGAGCCUUCAGAUUGUCUUUGCGACUGUUCAAUCAUUUUUUAUGGCUCUAGUGAUGGAGAGAGACUUUUCAAGAUGGAAGUUGGGAUUGGAUGUAGGUCUUGUGGCGAUCAUCUAUUGUGGCGUACUUGUUACUGCAUUGGCAAACUACCUGCAAAUCUGGGUGAUUGGUAGGUGCGGCCCAGUAUUCCUGGCCAUGACAGUACCCCUAACUUUGGUUAUCACAAUCAUUCUAUCACUUCUCAUAGGAGAAGCUGUUACCCUUGGAAGUGUAAUAAGUGGCGCGCUCAUGGUUGCUGGCCUGUACAAUGUUCUCUGGGGGAAGAGAAUAGAGCAAGUAGCUCUCUGCAAGCAAGGAGGUAGCGGAGAAAAUGGAUCAUGCUUAGAUUUGGAGGAACAAGAAAGCGGUGUGCCAGUUCCAGCAACGCGGGAUUCAAUCAAGCCAGUGCCAGGUUCGAAAGAGAGAACUGAUACAUCAAACUGAACUGUGACCAGCAAGCGUUGUUAUUAUGGGUGUAUGAAAGCUUUUGCUUCAGGUCAGCCCACCAGAAACCAUUCAGAGAUCUGUAAUAUUGUUUUCUGCGAGUCAGCUAUAGCAGCUUUAAUUGCUUGUUCAGGGCUUAAGGUUCGUGUGAUGGAUAUUUUCUGUGUGAGGUUAUACUUGCAUGUUAUAGAUUGAACAAUUUGAGAAAAUGCCACACUUUCCUUGGCA